UGUUGAAGAGCCUUGCAGGACCUCCAAGGCACCCAAACUAUUUCUUCGGUUCUCACGUCUCCGGAGCCAGGUCGCACAUCUCGGAUUUUGUCUCUUCUGGAAGCUGACGGUACCAAAACGUAGGCAGUGCCGAAGUGCUGACAGAAGAAAUAGGAGAAAACAUUCUCGCCUUGGACUUGGGACAGCUGCUGGGCCCACUAUGGCUCCUGUGAAGAUUAGCCACGUGGUGUCAUUUUCCUCUCAGGAUCCCAAGUAUCCUGUGGAGAACUUGCUGAACCCAGACAGCCAGAGGGGACCUUGGCUCAGCUGCCCUCAAGACAAGAGUGGGCAACUCAAAGUGGAGCUGCAGCUGGAGAGGGCAGUGCCCAUUGGCUACAUCGAUGUAGGUAACUGUGGCUGUGCUUUCCUGCAGAUCGAUGUGGGCCGUUCUUCCUGGCCCCUGGAUAGACCUUUUGUCACCCUGCUCCCUGCAACCAUGCUAAUGUCUCUAGCCGAUUCAAAGCAGGGGAAAAACCGCUCAGGGGUCCGCAUGUUUAAAGAUGAUGAUUUCCUGGCUCCCGCCUCAGGUGAGUCCUGGGAUAGACUUCGCCUGAUUUGUUCCCAGCCUUUCACACGUCAUGAGUCCUUUGGCCUGGCCUUCCUGCGUGUGUGCUCCUCUCUGGACUCCUCAGAUGACCCUGCGGUGGAUCCGUCAGCCCCUGUGAGCUCUGUGCCAAGCCAGGGUUCCAGUGCUUCAGAGUCUGAUCCCAGCCCCUGGAUGGCUAAUCCUUCCAUCCGGAGGACUUUCUUCCCAGAGCCCCAAACGAGCACCAAGGAAAUUUCAGAGCUUCGGAGUAUCCUACAGCAGCUGCAGCCAGGGACUUUGGGGCGCUCAGCUCGCAUGGUACUUUCAGCUGCCCACAGGGCACCUCCAGCCAGUGGGGCAAGCCCAAAACACGGCCCUGCAGAACCAGGUCCCAGUCGACCAGACAGUGCAGAGCCCAGACCAGAGGAGCAGAACUCAGAAAAUGAGGCGGGCAAGAUGAAGAGACAGAAAGUGCAAGCCCGCAGGCCUUUAGCCUACUCGAGCUCUCAACCAAACAGGAGGGGGAGAGCAAAUGUGGGGCAGAGAGAACACCACCGACCCCAGGCCCCGACCAGCAGAGUCCAGGAUAAUGGAGAGUGUCCCAUUUGUGCAGGCUCCUUCAGCAUUGGGACUCUUCCCCAGCACGCUGCCACUUGUGGAGAGACCUCCCCACCUCAGCCAGCCUCUCCCUCCCCAUCAGCACCCGCUUCACCGUCUGUACUAAAGUUUUGUUGUGUAGCACUAACAUCAUUUCCCCUGGUCUCCAGGCCACAACCCAACUGGACGGAGAUGGUGAACAAAAGACUGAAGUUCCCGCCCCCACUCCUGGGCGCCAUCCAGGACGGGCAGCUGGGCCUCGUGCAGCAGCUACUGGAAUCGGGGGUGGAGGCCCCAGGCGGCGGGCCGGGUGGACCCCUGCGGAAUGUGGAGGAGGCUGAGGACCGCUCCUGGAGGGAAGCUCUCAACCUGGCCAUCCGCCUGGGCCACGAGGCCAUCGCUGACGUGCUGUUGGCCAAUAUCAAGUUCGACUUCCGGCAGGUCCAUGAGGCACUGCUAGUGGCCGUGGACACAAACCAGCCAGCGGUAGUGCGUCGUCUGCUGGCCCGGCUGGAGCGGGAGAAGGGCCGCAAAGUGGACACCAGGUCUUUCUCCCUGGCUUUCUUUGACUCAUCAAUCGAUGGCUCCCGCUUUGCACCUGGUGUUACUCCACUCACCCUGGCCUGCCAGAAGGACCUGUACGAGGUAGCACAGCUGCUCAUGGACCAGGGCCACACCAUCGCCCGGCCCCACCCCGUGUCCUGUGCCUGCCUCGAGUGCAGCAAUGCCCGCCGCUAUGACCUGCUGAAGUUCUCCCUGUCCCGCAUCAACACCUACCGCGGCAUUGCCAGCAGGGCCCACCUCUCACUGGCCAGCGAGGACGCCAUGCUGGCUGCCUUCCAGCUCAGCCAGGAGCUCAGGCGCCUGGCACGCAAGGAACCCGAGUUUAAGCCCGAGUACAUUGCCCUGGAGUCACUGAGCCAGGACUACGGCUUUGAACUGCUGGGCAUGUGCCGGAACCAGAGCGAGGUCACCGUGGUGCUCAACGACCUGGAUGAAGACACCGAGGCUGAGCUCGAGGCCGAGGGCCUGGCCCAGGCCUUUGAGGAAGGCAUCCCCAACCUGGCGAGGCUGCGACUGGCCGUCAACUACAACCAGAAGCGGUUUGUGGCACACCCCAUCUGUCAGCAAGUGCUGUCCUCCAUCUGGUGUGGGAACCUGGCUGGCUGGCGGGGAAGCACCACCAUCUGGAAGCUCUUUGUUGCCUUCCUCAUCUUCCUCACCAUGCCCUUCCUCUGCCUCGGCUACUGGCUGGCACCCAAGUCCCGGCUGGGCCGCCUGCUAAAGAUCCCAGUGCUGAAGUUCCUGCUACACUCUGCCUCCUAUCUGUGGUUCCUCAUUUUCCUGCUGGGAGAGUCCCUGGCCAUGGAGAUGCAGCUGAGUACCUUCCGUGGCCGCAGCCAGAGCGUCUGGGAGACUUCACUGCACAUGAUUUGGGUCACAGGCUUCCUGUGGUUUGAGUGUAAGGAGGUGUGGAUAGAGGGCCUGCGCAGUUACUUCCUGGACUGGUGGAACUUCCUGGACGUGGUCAUCCUGUCCCUGUACCUGGCAGCCUUUGCGCUGCGCCUCCUCCUGGCUGGGCUGGCCCACGUGCAUUGCCAGGACACCCGCAAUGACACUGCCUGCCACUAUUUCACCUCGGCUGAGAGAAGUGAAUGGCGCUCAGAAGACCCCCAGUUCUUGGCUGAGGUGCUCUUUGCCAUCACCAGCAUGCUCAGCUUCACCCGCCUGGCCUACAUUCUGCCAGCCCACGAGUCGCUCGGCACUCUGCAGAUUUCCAUUGGCAAGAUGAUCGACGACAUGAUCCGGUUCAUGUUCAUCCUCAUGAUCAUCCUGACUGCCUUCCUCUGUGGCCUCAACAACAUCUACGUGCCCUACCAGGAGACAGAACGGCUGGGCAAUUUCAAUGAGACAUUCCAGUUUCUGUUCUGGACCAUGUUUGGCAUGGAAGAGCACAGCGUGGUGGACAUGCCUCAGUUUCUUGUGCCUGAAUUUGUGGGCCGGGCCCUCUACGGUAUCUUUACCAUUGUCAUGGUCAUUGUGCUGCUCAACAUGCUCAUUGCCAUGAUCACCAACUCCUUCCAGAAGAUUGAGGACGAUGCUGACGUGGAAUGGAAGUUUGCUCGCUCCAAGCUCUACCUGUCCUACUUCCGAGAGGGCCUGACCCUGCCUGUGCCCUUCAACAUCCUGCCCUCCCCCAAGGCCCUCUUCUACCUUCUCCGGAGAAUUUUCCAGUUUAUUUGCUGUUGCUGCUCCUGCUGCAAAACCAAGAAGCCAGACUAUCCCCCAAUCCCCACCUUCGCCAACCCCGGGGCCGGGGCAGGGGCAGGGCCUGGGGAUGGAGACCGUGGAUCCUACCGCCUUCGAGUCAUCAAGGCCCUGGUCCAGCGCUACAUAGAGACUGCCCGGCGGGAGUUUGAGGAGACGGGUCGGAAAGACCUGGGCAACAGGCUGACUGAGCUGACCAAGACCGUCUCCCGACUGCAAAGUGAGGUCGCUGGGGUGCAGCGGACUCUGGCAGAGGGAGGGACGCACCAGCCCCCCGAAGGCGCCAGCAUCCUCAGCCGCUAUAUCACCCGAGUGCGCAACAGUGUCCAAAAACUGGGGCCCCCCAUCCCUGAGACCCCAGAGCUGACAGUGCCAGGGAUUGUGGGGGCCCAGAUAUCUUCAGAAACUGGGCUUCAGGAUGCCGGAGGGGCUGGGGCUCCAGGUCCUGGGGAGUCUGGUCCUUCCUCCCCAGCUCAUGUGCUAGUGCACAGACAGCAGGACUCAGAGCAGGCUGGGGACCUGCCCCGGGAGGAAGAUCUGGGAGCCAAGGAGGACUCCUGCUGCAGCGGAAGGGUUCCUUCUUCUGUUGCUGAGUAGAGCAGCCUGCCCGGUGAGGGUGAGGGUCAUUUUAGGAGGGGCCUAUACCACUUUCCUCACCUCAAUAAAGUUUCUGUUCAGGAUGUCAGAUGCCUCCAGA